GUUUAAACGCGUCAUGACGUCACCCGUUGCUAUAGUAACGAGUUCACGCUUAAAGACUCGCUGCAGGAUGCGUUGCAGCCAAUGGACCGAUAAACUACACAGUCUGUUAAGUGAUCAGUGAUGCGCUUCAUCUGCCCAGAAGCAGCCAUGACCACACGGAUAGAUGAGCUUGCCCGGCCCAAACCCAACCUGCUUAAAUUCCCAGACAGGCGCUCAGUAUACUGGCUUGAUGAACUACCAGCUGAACAAAAAAAAACCUCCACUACUGGGUUUGAACUGACUCCUCGCUUAGAGGUUCUUGCCCAGAGCAAACAACCAAGCCGUUUUUUGGAGGAGAGCAGAAGGUCACAAGAAUGGGUGGUUAGUGCAGCAGCGUUGAAGGCACAUCCUUCCCAAAGAGUCUGUUCGCUGGCAUUGCCCCGUCUACCUGCUAAAGGCUGGCAGCCCGAUCGGCCCCUGUUAACCACUUUGAGCACUGCGGUUAAAUCUGCCAGGGCGAGUCCAAGGAUCUGUCAGCUGGCACAACCGAAGCACAUGAAGAUGAUGUUGACCAACUUAAGUGUUGAAUCAAGUGUACACACCGUCACUGUUCCCACAGCGACACCCUCCGCACGCAUACUGCAGCUGGCCUCCCCUAAGCCGGUCCAUCCACAGCAUGUUCUCGCCCGGCCCGUAUCUUGUCCGGUUCCCAAACAUGUUUUGACAGCUGCAGCCAGUGACAGACUGCACGACCUGGCUCGGCCAAAGACCCGUCAGGCCCUGUUUGAGGGCUAUGACCCUUACAGAGUCACCCCUGCUGCUCGGGCGGCCACUGCCUCUCCAAGAUUACUGGAGCUUUCAUUACCCUUAUCACGGAAAUGUAAAGGCUAAUAAACGCUCGUUCCUCUAUCUGUAUUGUCAACAUGGUCUCAUUACCAACUCGUCACAUAUUGGUUCAUACAUUUGGUCAGUACCCCAUGGACAUCACUUUGUAACACACAGGGUACCCCUUUGGCAUUGGGGACUCUGGCAUCAGGGUACUUCACUGCUUUCAACAAGAAACCUGUCAAUUGCAAAUAAUGACAAUACGGACAAUGGUUGAGUUGCUUUUCUGUUUACUGAAGGUUGGCUUAUACUGUAGCUUCAGAUAGUCCAAGCACCUGGUGUAAGCAAACAUUCAGAAGACAGUUAAUGACUCACAAUCAUUUAAAUAUUUCCCUUCAGGGUUUUUCUUUAUUUGCCGGAGUGUGCUUUGUGUAUGUAAUUUCUUGUUCAUUAAACUCUAAAUAAGAAAUGAGCUUAUGAUUCCUUCAUGCCUUAUGAGAGAUAUUAUUGCUCAUUUAUCAUUAAGUGUGGUUGCUGGUUUGGAGUGAUAGAGUAAACAGGAUUACGUAUAGCACAUUAGACCGAUGAAUCACUGAAUAUCUGUGCACUGAUGGGAGCAUGUUAAUGUCUGAUAUUGUCACGAGUCACAACUUGUAAGACCCAAGAAGACAUGCAAGCAUCGCUAUAAAUAAACAUGAAAAAUAUUUAUUUCAAGUAUUUGUCACUGGCUGUACUAUGCAUAUGAUACCCCUAGUGUCAGAGACCUUAUUAAAUAACAAAAAUAGCCUCGAGGGGACAAACAAAGUCAAUUAUUCAAAUAAUAUAACAAAACAAGGCAC